AAACAUCUUGGGUCCUCUGGUCUUGAAUUAUUAUUUUUGAUUUUUGAUCAACAAAUCUACGAUUUUCCUAUAAUAUAAACAAAUUAUUUAUAGAAAAGAAAAUGUAAUAUUUACACUUAGUGGUGAUCCCAUCGAAAAUCAUGAAUACUGUAAGUUGACGAGUUGAUAUUCUCACUUUAAAUAGGCCUAAACGAUGACCAAGAAAUUCGAAUUCGAUUGGCAUAUACCUGUACCGGAGCCUCUUUUAACCGGGUGCAUCUUCGAUAGAUGGACAGAAGAAAAGGAUAAUGUUGAACUGGAGAAGAAGGCUCUAUUUAAAGUUGACGAAUAUGGAUUUUUUAUUUACUGGAAGAGUGAAAGCAGGGAAGGGGAUGUCAUUGAACUUUGUCAAGUCAGUGACAUAAGGGCUGGAGGUCUUCCCAAAGACUCAAAACUACUUACUAUGUUGAUGAAUAUACAUGGACAAGAACUUGAGGACAAAUCAUUGACAAUUUGCAGUGGUACAGAUUACAUCAACAUUAAUUAUCAGCAUAUUGUCUGUCCAACUGCUGAAAUUGCCAAGGACUGGUUAGAUGGCCUAAGAAAAAUUACUCACAACGUGAAAGCAAACAAUUUUUGUCCCAUGACAUGUUUGAAGAAACAUUGGAUGAGACUUGGGUUUUUGGUGGAUGUUAGAGGUAAAAUACCAGUAAAAGUGGUCGCAAGGACUUUUGCGUCAGGAAGAACAGAAAAAUUGGUGUAUCAGAUUUUGGCAGAAUUGGGCCUACCUUCUGAAAAAAAUGACACGAUUGAACCGGAGGCAUUCACUUUCGAUAAGUUCUAUUCACUAUACCACAAAAUUUGCCCAAGGAAUGAUAUUGAAGAACUUUAUAGGAUAAUUGCCCAAGGAAAUGCCGAAUAUAUGACUCUCGAACAGCUCAUCAAUUUCUUGAAUGAGAAACAGAGAGAUCCUAGACUGAAUGAAAUUUUGUACCCACUGUACGACGAGAAACGUGCCAAAGAAAUUAUUGAUACCUAUGAACAAGAUGAAGCAUCUAGAUCAGCAAGCAGACUUACCAAAGAUGGGUUAAUCAGAUAUUUGAUGUCUGAUGAGAAUGCUCCAGUAUUCCUUGAUCGUCUGGACAUCUACAUGGAGAUGGAACAUCCACUGUGCGCCUAUUACAUAAAUUCUAGUCAUAAUACAUAUUUAUCAGGGCGACAGUUUGGUGGACGGUCAUCUGUCGAAAUGUACCGACAAGUAUUAUUAGCUGGAUGUAGAUGUGUUGAAUUGGAUUGUUGGGAUGGUAGGGGAGAAGAUGAGGAACCGAUAAUAACUCAUGGCAGAGCGAUGUGUACCGAUAUAUUGUUCAAAGACGUCAUAUAUGCAAUCAGAGACACUGCAUUUGUCACCUCUGAAUAUCCAGUUAUUCUGUCUUUUGAGAACCAUUGCUGUAAAUCCCAGCAACAUAAAAUGGCUAAAUAUUGUGAUGAAAUAUUGGGUGACUUGCUCUUGAGAGAAUUUAUUGACGACUACCCUUUAGAACCUGGUGUCCCCUUGCCUCCUCCGUGUGCUUUGAAGAGAAAAAUACUCAUAAAAAAUAAAAGAUUAAAACCGGAAGUGGAAAAACAUGAGUUGGAACUCUUCAGACAAGGCCAAUUUGUCAUUGAGGACGAAGAGAAGGAAGAUGCAAAUGCUAGUGCUGAUAGAUUGAUACCACCUGAUAUAUCAAUUGAGAAUCCAGCCAUAGAGCCAGGAGUUGGCGAAGGUGAAAUACCUUUACCUGCCACCGGUCACACUGGCUCCACAACUAACGUCCAUCCUUGGCUCAGCUCAAUGGUAAACUACGCUCAACCCGUCAAGUUCCAAGGAUUCGAUGUUGCCGAACAGAAAAAUAUCCAUCAUAAUAUGUCGAGCUUCGCGGAACCAGCAGGUCUGAACUACCUUAAAUCGCAAGCUAUCGAGUUUGUGAAUUACAACAAACGGCAGAUGUCACGUAUUUACCCCAGCGGGGCUCGAGCCAACUCUUCAAACUACAUGCCACAGGUAUUUUGGAAUGCUGGUUGUCAAAUGGUGUCUCUCAAUUUCCAAACUUCCGAUUUGCCAAUGCAGUUGAAUCAGGGGAAAUUCGAGUACAAUGGAAACUGCGGUUAUCUGUUGAAACCGGAUUUCAUGAGGCGACAUGACAGGACUUUCGAUCCAUUCGCAGAGUGUCCAGUGGAUGGUGUUAUUGCAGCUCAGUGUUCCGUUCAAGUGAUAGCCGGACAAUUCUUGUCUGAUAAGAAGGUUGGGACAUAUGUUGAAGUUGACAUGUAUGGUCUACCCACCGAUACUAUUAGGAGGGAAUUCCGUACAAGAAUGGUACCUGCCAAUGGUCUCAAUCCGGUCUACAAUGAAGAACCAUUUCUCUUCAGAAAAGUGGUACUGCCAGACUUGGCUGUUUUGAGAUUCGGAGUGUAUGACGAGAACGGCAGACUUCUAGGCCAAAGGAUUUUACCGUUAGACGGCCUACAGGCUGGUUAUCGUCAUAUUUCGUUGAGGACCGAGGCCAAUUUUCCGAUGUCUCUUCCCAUGCUGUUCUGUAAUAUCGAGCUGAAGAUCUACGUACCGGACGGAUUCGAGGAUUUCAUGGCAGCUCUAAGCGAUCCAAGAGGUUUCAUGGGAGCCCAACAGAAACAAAAUGAGCAAAUGUCCUCAAUGGGGAUUGAAGUUACCAGUGACAAACAGGUGGAAAAGAAAGAGAAAAAAGAAGAAAACAAGAUAGUUUUCGAACCUGUAACAAUUGAAUCUGUGAAACAGGAUAAAGCUUUUCAAAAGACCACCAAGAAACACCAAAAAGAAUAUGACGUUCUCAAGAAGAAACAAACCAAAGAAAAAUUAGCUGUUCAGAAGUCACAAUGUACAUCAAUCGAUAAGUUGAUAAAAGGAAAAAACAAAAAUGAUCUUGUGAAUGAUCCGGCAGUUCGUAAACUAGUUACUGAACAAACUCUCGAAUGGAGCGCUCUGAUGGAACGUCACAGGAAACAAGAGUGGGAGUUUUUGAGAACUCAACUGGAUGACCAGAGAGAUGUUCUACGUAAACAUAUGGAAAUUCUGCAAGCGAUGCAGUUGAAGCAGCUCGAAGCUAAACAUGAUAGGGAGAUGAAAGAAAUGAGCAGUUUGCAAGCCAAGAUAUCCGUGGAAACUGCCAAAGAAGUAAAUAGUGAUAAGACUCUUAAAACGAAGAAGGACAAAGAACGGAGACUGAAGGAAAAACAACAGAACAAUGUAAAACGUUUCUUGGAAGAACAUAAAGCAACUCAAAUGAAGCAAGGUAGAGAGAGGGAAAAGCUGAAGAUAACCCACGAAAAACAACUCGAGAUGUUGUCUCAUGAUAUACAAAAAAUGAUUGAAAUGUACAAAAACGAGGAGCUGGAGUAUGACAUGUCUAGUAAAUGUGAGUUCUUUGCCUAAUAUUCUACUUGCCAUUAUAAUCAGUUAGAUGAAAAUUCGUUAAAUAUUUAUUGUUCCCGUCAAUAUGAGACUAUAUAUAUAUAUAUAUAUUAUGUAUUUAUGAAGAUUAUUUAAUAAAUCAUAGUUUUUGUUG